AACUUUAGGAUAGAGUCCAUUUCUUGCCUGAUCAGCUCCUCCCAAAGCUCUAGGAUUUGGUUCCAUUCUUGCACAAAUCAUGAAUGAAAUCAGAAAAUUGAAGCGCGGGAUCAGCACCAAACGAGGUGAUCACCCCGUCCAAAAUGGCCAAAAUCCAGUCGAUGAAUGGGAGGAGCAACAACGAUACUGGCCUUCGCCACGGGCACCGCCGGUGAGUCCGAUGGGAUCGCCGCGGACCCCAAAUGGGAGCCAGAAGAAGCCAGUUCUCGGCAAGGUGAAGAGCAAGGCUAAGAAAUGGAUGCACCUGCUGCAUCACAAGAAGAAGCCGCAAGAAGACAUGAUGUGGACCCCCCGAGCAGGACCCAGUGCAGACGACAGCAAGGAGCACAACGAUGCAGACUACGGAUCCCCAAGCACAGCUCGACAUCCCCAUUCCUCGUGUGAAUCAGCAUGUGCACCUGAGGUUUUCUUGGAAGCAUCAUCAAGGCAGAAUUCCCCACUCCCGAGCCCAACUGCACACAAGGAGCAACCAUACUUCAAGGUCAGCAGCAGGUUUGAGUCAGAAAUGAAGGAAGCCAAUGAAAUGCUGAGGGAAUCAAAGCAGCUCCGUGUCAACACAACCAAACCGAAGACUGUAACAUUUGCGCCAAUCUUAGAACAGGGGCCAGAACCUGUAAAAAAUGAUUGGCACAGCAAAGAACUGUCAGAAACAGCAACCGAGAUAUUCAGUCAUGCAUAUGCUAUAGUCUGUGAGGCAGUCCUCAGGAUGGUCUCUAUAAUCCAAGGCGCGAUGUCAUCAUAUAAUAUUGACAGAAGGCAAAUGUUAGAGAAGAUCGUAUCGUUCAAGAGAUACAUGAUGCUGAAGCUGGCACCUGGAGAAGGUGAUAAAGUACUCUCAGAAGUCAUUACUGAGGCUGUCCUCGAUAUGUUUGACGCCUGGUGUGAGAAUGUUGAGAGGCCUUUGGUACAGAGGGCAAAGGAAGUGUAUUCUUGGUUUCUGCCAGAAAGGAGAGAAGAGUUACCUCCUGUUCCACUGUCCACCCAUCCUUGUGUGUAUGAAGAUGCAGAAGAAUUUUACUCAUUAGAGAAUUGACUACGGCUUGAAGCAUGAGAUCAAGACUCUAUGAAACAAGAUAAGUAGAGAGAUGUUUACCUUACAAUGUCCGAAGACCGGAGGCGAAGACAGAGUGUUCGGCCCAAGUAUACUUUGUUCAUAGAAUUACAUCAUACCUUACAAUGGCUGCAUGUGAAACCAAAAGGAGGUUUCUGUGGCUGUGUACCAGAAACUAAUGUACAAGAUUUCAAUCUUAAGUGUCUCUUCAGAUAAAGCUCAGUAUCAGAUAUUAGAUUCACAAUCAGUGACCACAAAUUCCACAAUGUAGGCAGUACAGAAAUAUUGAAAGAAAACAAAAAUCCUCCAACUGCAGAACUACAAUUACUCUGGAAAGAAGUAUAUAUAUUUCUUUGAA